CCUCAGUUCUCUUCCCAUGAUCGGAAAUAGUAUUCCUCGAUUUUGAUAUUCGGUUGAAUAUUAACAGCUAGAUAGAACUUUCAACCCUGAACACAUAAUUUUAUCCGAUUGAUGAAUCUGUUAUCUACAGGAUUGGCUAAUUUUAUGGUAUCGUUUUUAUUGGAUAGUUUAUAGAAAAAGGUUUAAACCAAAGAGGAUGAAGCAUAAAAGAGAGGAAAAAUCCCACUACUGCUGGGGCUGUCGAUACUAUCGAUUGCUGCGCGCACAACUAUCGCCCAGACAUCGCAAUUACAUCGCUGCAGCAUAGCAUAACCUUGCAUUUGUUAAAAAGUUGAAUUAAACAUAAAUAAUUGAGGAUGUCUCUGUCGCCGGCUAGUGGCAUCGGCCGCUUCUACAAGCACUCGGCCAAGAUCAUCCGCUUCGUGCGUCUGGGCUGCACUAACCGGCCCUUCUAUCACAUUGUCGUCAUGGAGAACCAGCACCAGCCUGUUAUCGAGCAGGUCGACUCCUACGAUCCCCUGCCCAACGACUUCAACGAGCGCCUGGUGGCGCUCAACACGGAACGCAUCAGCUUCUGGCUCGGCAAGGGAGCUCACAUCUCCGACCCGGCUGCGGAGCUGCUGGGCGUCACCGGACUGCUGCCCAUCCACCCACGCACCUACAUGACUGCCUGGCGGAACCGUACGAAGCUGGCCGAAGAGCAGGCGGAGGCAGCAGCAGCGGGCCAGGCCGAAUCCGCUUCUGCGUCCGCAUGAGCAUUGUUAGAUCAAUAAUAAAACCCUGUUUUCGAUUUAUGUA